AUGGCUACAGAACGCUGUUUCACAGCCCCCAUCGGAGAGAUCGACCAUUCCGAUCCAAAUUGGAACCGGAGGAAAGAUGCUAUCUCAUCCACCAUCGUGAUAGGGAAAAUGUGGGCAGACGGCGAAGGAUACAGACUCACCCGCUUGACGGAAGAUCAAGUCCUUGUGGACUUUGAUCAUGAUUCUGCGAAAAAUCCAGUUAAUUGGACUCAUGGGAAAAAAAUGUUCACCGUUCUCACAGCGCUCUUCCUAGUGCUCAACUCCGGGAUAUCGUCCUCUUUACCCAGCAAUGUCGUUCCAGUGAUGAUGCGCGAAUUCAAUGUUACAGGUGACCUGCAGAAGGUUCUCCCCACCGCUGUCUUUCUUAUUGGAUAUGUCGUGGGUCCCUUGUUCUUCAGUCCACUGAGCGAGACAAUUGGGAGGAGACCUGUUCUACUUGGUAGCUUCACCGUGUUUCUUUUGGGCACGAUAGCGUGUACCUUUGCCCCAAACUGGCCAGCAAUGUUGGUGUUUCGUUUCAUAUGCGGAGCCAUGGGGGCCGCUCCCCAAACCGUAGUAGGUGGAGUCUACGCUGAUAUGUUUGAGACUCCACGUGCUCGGGGCCGAGUCAUGGCAUUUUAUAUGGCGGCGGCGAGCUUUGGUCCGAUUGUUGGUCCCAUUAUUUCCGGGUGCAGCGCGCAGUACGGCUGGCGAUGGACAUUCCGCAUCGACCUCAUCCUUGUCGGCUGUAGCUGGCUUAGUUCGCUUUUCCUGCCAGAGACAUUCAGUCGGGUUAUUGUGAAAAAGCGUGUCGCCAUACUAAACAAGCAGUCAUCCACCCAUAGUUAUGUCUCCCAGCGAGAGCUCCAGAGCACUGCAAUUCAGUGUAGCUUGAAAGAGACCUUGACAAGACCGAUCACCAUGAUGUUCACUGAGCCAAUUAUUCUGUUUAGCGGAAUAUAUUUAGCUUUUGCCUAUGGGCUUAUUUUCUUUUGCUUCCAAGCAUACCCUAUCAUCUUUGAAGAUCGACGAACUUUCGCUGGCGUGUGGAAGUUUGCUGACUCGAGAAACACAGGGACCUACGGGUUUGAUGUGAAGCAAACAUCGCUUUGCUAUUUACCUAUUGGAAUUGGGGCAGCAUCUUCCGGCUUUGUCUCACUUUACUACGACGUCAUCUAUGAGCGAGCCAAAGCGCAAGGGAAAAGAUGGACGACGAUUCCGGAGCUACAGCGACUUCCGGUAGCCUGCAUUGGCGGACCUUGUCUUACCAUUAGUCUCUUUUGGCUCGGAUGGACCGCCAAUCCGCAGAUUUACUGGUUGGUGCCAGUGCUCUCGGGUCUGUUCUUUGGCUUCGGAUACCAGAUAAUCUUCAUUUCGCUGUUGACCUAUGUCACCGAUGCGUACAAGAUCUAUUCCGCCAGCGCCCUAGCAGCAUCUGUAAUCACGCGGAGUAUUCUGGGUGCCGUCUUCCCCCUGGCAGCUGAUCCAAUGUAUUCGGCCCUUGGGGUCGGAUGGGGGACAUCGGUCCUGGGCUUUGCAAGCCUGGCUUGCAUUCCCAUUCCGGUGGCCUUCCUCUAUGCUGGAGAAUGGAUUCGCAAGAGAAGCACAUUCUGCCAGCAGCUGCUGAAAGAUGAAAGUGCCACAGAAGAUAAUCACGCCACACGCCCUGUGACUCCGGAAGCCGUCUGA